AUGGACGAACCUUUACCUUUCCGCUUAGUUGGAAGGACAGUAGGCAAACCGAUAUUCUUUUACAGGGGUCUCACUCUGAAUGAACUAUUGCAAAUCAUUGAAGAAGAUGAUCACAAUGAAGUUGAUGACGAAAUAUCGCUUACAAUUAUGCCGCCCAAAAAUUCUUGCGAGGAAGUUACUGAUGAAGAUUCAGGCGAUGAAGAUCAUUUAGAUAUUAACAAUUUGCCUGGAUCGCAACUUCUAGCCGAGGCAGAAAUUUUUGAACCUAAUGUUGAAGAAGAUGUUAAUAUUUCUUUACCAAGCGAUUCAGAAAAAUUAUGCUUGGAGAAACCAAGACUUACACCUAAUAAUAUAGAAGUUCCAAAACCACAAAUUGUUCAAAAUGAAAAUUCGGUUAUUGAAUUGUUUUCGUUAUUUUGGGGUGACGAAGUUAUAGAUUUAUUUGUCUACUUUUCUAAUAUGUACGCUACAAGCAAAAAUAGGGUUAGAAACAUAACAAAAGAAGAAAUGAAAAAUUUUUUCGCCAUCCUACUACUGUCUGGUUAUCAAAAAUUACCCAGACGUAGAAUGUAUUGGGAAAAUUCUUCUGACACGCAAAAUCAGCUUGUUAUAAAUUCGUUAUCUAGAGAUCGUUUUGAGUAUAUUUUCAGUAAUUUACAUUGCUGUGAUAACACGAAUUUAGACAAGACAGACAGAUUUGCCAAAGUACGAUUAUUGAUAAAUAAAAUGAACAGUUUAUUCCAACAGUAUGCACCAGUAACUGAAAAUCACAGUGUGGAUGAAGCCAUGGUGCCUUAUUAUGGUCGCCAUGGCUGUGGACAGGUUGUACCAGCAAAGGGACCAUCUGUGAUUCUGCAAUAUACCGACAUAAUCAAUUCUAUUCAAAGCUUUCCCUAUCACAUUUUUUGCGACAAUUUCUUUACGACUAUACCACUUCUGAGUGAAAUGACUAGAAGAAAUUUGAAGAUAACAGGAACCAUAAGAGAAAAUCGCACGUCAAAAUGUCCACUGGCAAAUAAAUCCCAGUUCAAGAAAAAAAGUAGAGGUUUUAUUGAAUACAAAACUAACGAAGAAAACACUGUAGUUGUUAAAUGGCAUGACAAUAACGUUGUCACUUUAGCAUCCAAUGCCUUGCCUGUUCACCCUACUCAUUCAGUUAGUCGUUAUUCUCUCAAAGAAAAAAAGAAAAUUAAGGUAGACCAACCUCAUAAUAUAUUUACUUAUAACAAAUAUAUGGGAGGCGUUGACAGGGCAGAUCAAAAUAUAAGUCUCUACAGAAUAGGUUUGAGAGGAAAGAAGUGGUACAUUCCUCUUAUAUUUCACAUGUUAGAUCUUGCGGUUCAAAAUGCAUGGCAACUUCACAGGGAACAAAAUGGAAAACUGGAUCAUCCAGGAUUUCGAAGGAGAAUAGUCAUGACCAUUUUAGAAGGAAACCAACGAAAAUUUGCGAAGAGAUCGAAGUUGUCACAAUCACAUAACUGUCAGAUGAGAUAUGAUCGUGUUGAUCACUUAAUUGUGACACAAGGGAAGCAAACCAGGUGUCGCAUGUGCCACAAAAAAGUCUCCACCAAGUGUGAGAAGUGUGAUGCUGCAUUACAUGUUGUAUGUUUUAAGCCUUACCAUGUGAAAGAAAUCUAA